CUUGCCGUAGCGAGACUUUAAUCAAAACACGGAAGUGUCAAAAUACAACCUCGUUUAAAAGUCCAUUGAUUAAGAGUGUGCUGUUGGAUAUUAGAUACUGAUCGGGGUUCUGUGUGUUUGCUCAGCCAACUUAUCGACUCUUUAAAAUCAAGGUGUAGUAUUGUGAUGCUCGUGAACAUUGUUUUUGGUUAACUGGUUGGGGAUUAAGGUCAGAUAUGUAGUGGAGUCAUAUGCUGUAUGCUACUAGUGCUACUGCUAAUAAUAACAAUAACAAACAAUAACAAACAAUAACCCCGAUCUAUCAACAUGAAGCUGAGUUCAUCAGUGUUCUCUGCCUUCUGUCUCAUUAUUGAGUUACUCGGCAUUGUCCUUUUCUUGAGAGGGUUUUUUCCAGUUCCAAUCAAGUCGUCUUUAUCAUCAAAGAGCAAAUUAUCAGACCUGCCAGCAGAACCAGUAGUAGGAAGUAGCCCAAAUUCGACCAAAGUGCCUCCUCCAUUAUUCAACAGAGUAGUCAUUGUGUUAAUAGAUGCUUUAAGAGAUGACUUUGUAUUUGGGCCCAAUGGGAAGAGGUUCAUGCCCUACACCAGGAACCUAGCGGAGAGUGGAUCAUCUCAUAGCUUCAUCGCUAAAGCCAGACCUCCGACUGUCACCAUGCCUAGAAUCAAGGCUCUGACCACAGGCAGCAUUCCCGGCUUCAUCGACGUUGUAAUGAACCUGAACUCCCAGGCUCUCUUAGAGGACAACCUUCUCUGGCAGGCCAAGAACUCUGGCAAAAGGAUCAUCUUCUACGGUGAUGACACAUGGGUGCGGCUCUUCCCUAAGCAUUUCUUAGAGUAUGAUGGCACCACGUCGUUCUUCGUCUCAGACUACACUGAGGUGGACAACAAUGUGACCCGUCAUUUGGACAGCACCCUGAAGAGAGACGACUGGGACGUGCUGAUCCUGCAUUAUCUGGGCCUGGACCAUAUCGGACACAUCAGCGGACCUCACAGCUCUUUAAUCGGGCCCAAACUACUGGAGAUGGACGAUGUGAUAAAAAAAAUCCACACCUCUGUUAUCACAACGCAGGAGACAGAGGGCACACUGCCUAAUUUGCUUGUGCUGUGUGGUGAUCACGGCAUGUCUGAGACGGGCAGCCAUGGAGGAUCUUCAGAGCCGGAAGUCAACACUCCACUAGUCCUCAUAAGCCCUGCUUUCCCAACGAAAGAGGACAUGGGUGAGAAACUUGUGGUGGAGCAAGUGGAUCUGACCCCUACCCUUGCACUUGCUCUGGCAUUGCCCAUCCCGCAGAACAGUGUGGGACGCCUGAUUCCGGCUGUGUUUGAGAAAGCCCCGCUGAGGGAGCAGCUCCGUUACCUCCAUAUCAAUGGACACCAGCUCAGUAACCUGCUUCAGGACAGCAACCCCAGCUUCCAUAAGGAGGAUGGUUACGAGCAGUUUCGGAUGGCAGUGAAAGCCCAUGGGAGCUGGAUGAAGCUAUAUGUAGAGGGAAACACAUCUGAGGUGCUGAGCAACAUGGCGAAAAAAGUAUUAAAACAGUACCUGGAGGCUCUUCAAGCCAUGAGCGCAGCCCUCAGCAAGCAGCUGGGCAAAUACGACAUGUACUCCAUGAUGGUGGGCAUGAGCCUCAUACUGCAGAUUCUGAUGCUGCUGUUGUUGACCAUGCCAGAGGCUCUGAGCGGUGCUGCAUGUGUGGACGUUCCCCUGGCAACCACUUUCCUCUCUUUACCCUUCUACCUCCUCAUCCUGCUUGGAUCCUCUGUUCAUGUGCUGGUGUGCACUUCGUCCGAGGCCUCCUGCUACUUCUGCUCGCUGCCCUGGCUCCUGGCCUUUAUCGCCAUCGUCUUCUCCUCAGCCUUGUUUUGUUCCGUAGUGUCCAUGGCAGCCAGACGUGCACUCAAAGUCGAUAACAAGCAGCCCAAGACGUCUUCCUCAGAGUGGACUCUGUCUGAACUGGACAUCCUGCUUCUGAUCGGCACGAUCGGCCACACUCUCAGCUUGGCUUCCAGUAGCUUUGUAGAAGAGGAACACCAGACAUGGUACUUCCUGCUCAACACGCUUUGCCUGGCUGUCUUCCAGGAUGUAUGCAGGAAGUAUUUCAGGGAAAAGCAUCGCCCAGAUGAAGAAGAGCAAGAAAGUCUACUCCUGCCUUCUACCAUAGAGGAAAAAGCUGCAUCUUUCUCUCCAGUGGCUGAGCUGGGGGUCAGUGCAGACUCGGAGAAGUGGUUAGCCCUGGCCACGCCGCUCCUCACCCUGACAUGCUGUCGAAUGCUCAGGUCACUCAACCAGACCGGGGUGCAGUGGGCACAUCUGCCUGACCUGAGCCACUGGCUCAACAGUGGAGAUCAUAAGGUUUUCCUGUCAUUGCUGUCUAUCCUCUCUCUGCUGCUAAUUUUCCUGUUGGUCCAACGGCACUGUUCACUGGUGUCUAAGAUCGCCCUGGCACUCGGCCUGCUGGGAGUUUACAGCUACCGUGCUGCCGUUGGCAGCGUCUUGUUCCCGUGGCAACACUCAGCCCAAGCCAUGUCCAAGGGAACAGGUGAAGCGCACUUCGUCUACGUCUUCGUGCUCGGGAUCCUCUUCACCGGUGUCAAGGACUUGCUACGCUCCCAGGUGAUGUCAUCGGUGGUGGACGGCAGGCUUAUGAAGAGCAGGGGAUUGUGGGAGGUGUACAGCGGCAUGGUGCUGCUUGUGGCGCUGCUGUUCCGGGCUCACAAUCUGCCCACGCUGGCAUGCUGCCUGCUCAUCCAGACCCUUAUGGCUCAGUUCAUCUGGAAGAGGCUGCACUAUGACGCCGCCCAGACCACGAUUAUGCACUACUGGUUUGGACAGGCUUUCUUCUAUUUCCAGGGGAACUCCAAUAACAUAGCGACGGUGGAUAUCUCAGUGGGCUUUGUGGGACUCGAGAGCUAUGUGGAGACUCCUGCUGUCUUCCUCACAGCAUUUAGCACCUAUGCAGGUCCGUUGCUCUGGGCCUGCCAUCUGGUGUGUUACCUCAGCUCAGAGAGAGACAGAGCGGUCUCUCUCGGACACAGCAGCUACUGUUUCGCCCUGCUUCGCUCCAUUCCUGCUGUGUUCUACGUAGUCCUGGUCACCGCACUGCGCUACCAUCUCUUCAUCUGGAGCGUUUUCUCCCCCAAGCUCCUCUACGAGGCAAUGCACACACUGAUCACUACGGCCGUGUGCUUCUUCUUCACUUUUAUGGAUCAGGAUCGUACGCAUAGACCAUGAAACACCUGAGCAACAGCUCUUGAUUCCCUCCAGUCAAUAACCGAGAGAAGGAUCACACGCAUAUACACGGAGGACAGGAUCUGAUGGAGAGGCUUGUCACUUGAAAGCAAGAGAACACUAAGAUGAAAACGAAGAUGAGGGAUAGGUGAAGUGAUGUUUGAGAUGCCACACAAUUGCAAUGGGAUUUUGGUGAAAUGUGUGUGUGUGUGUGUGUGUGUGUGUGUGUGUGUGUGUGUGUGUGUGUGUGUGUGUGUGUGUGUGUGUGUGUGUGUGUGUGUGUGUGUGUGUGUGUACAUGCUUGUGUGUACAUGCUUGUGUGGCAGUGUGGGAUUUGUGAAAAGACAGAGAUAGUCAUGAAUGAGUAGAGUGAAAUUUAAAGCAAUAUGUACUCAGUACUCAUAAGUACUCAUGAGUUCUGAUCCUAAAUUAUAAAAUACACACACAAUGUCUCUUGAGCUUUAGUCGCUGGGUUACCGAGGAGAAGAUAAAUAUGCUCUGUUUCUAAUUUAUUUUUGUAUUGUACAUUUAUGAGGUUAUUUAUUGCUAUAAAAGAACGCACCACAAAGGAGCUAAUACCAUCAGGGAGCUCCAUUUUCAAUAGUAUCAUUACCUGUAUUUUAAAUUUCGUUUUUCACUAGAAACCAUAAAACAAUUUUUACCCAUUUAAUUAUUCACAUUACAUUUAUAUGUAAUAAAGAACUACAGCUGCAUAGCUCUGAAAUCCAUCUACAGCUAUUCAGAUUAUAAAAGUUAUACAUUUGCCCUUUGAUAUUCCAGAUUACUUACAGAGACAGUAAAUGAUCUCAUUUAUUCUCGUUUUCACAAUUCAGUUACCUCAACAAAUGAAAUUUAACCUUUUCUUUAAAAUUAAUGUUAAAUUACAUUUUAUAACAGUGUAAAAAACAGGACUGAAUUAAUAUGCGCCGGUUUGUCUGCACUCUCGUCUUACUCCUCUCGCUCACAAAUACCUGUACACACACACACACACACACACACACACACACACACACACACACACACACACAGCAACCUGUACUCAUUUUUAUCGACCAUGCUUGCUGACAUUGCUCUGCUUACUCAGUCUGGAUGCCCUCAUGCUCUCUAUUAAAUUUACUACUUAAACGCUAGAAGUUGUUUUAUCAGCUUACUUGUAUUGUAAAAAGCUGUAUGCAUUUACAAAUAAAUACUCACGGUAUUAGCCUCAUAACUGAUACCAGUAUUUGUACCGAUGCCUCUA